GAUUAUGGUCACCAAGGGAAGUGGGGGUGUGAGGAGGCUCUGAAGAGAGGGGCGGGGGGCCUGUGAACCACUGCGCGCCGGAUGCUAUGCGGUGGGCCCUUUCACACGUGGCGCUUACCCCGACGUUGUUUUCUGCCACGUUUUUCGUUCGGUGCGCGCCGCUUUUGUUCUCCGGCCAGAUGACUGUUGGGAAAUCCCUCCCUCCCAUCAGUCUAGUAGGUAUUAGGUGUCUGAGAAUCAAUCGUGAGAGUAGCUGGCAUCGCCGUCUUCUCGGACUGGAACACAGAUCAAGAGCAUCCCACGUGGCAGAUCUUCCACGUGUCUGCCUUAGACGAUCGCCACUUGGCAAAUCAACCGUUGCCGACGUAGCAGCAGAUAGACCGGGUUCCCUGCAUCAAGUCCGUUCUCUUCUCGCGCAGGAUUUGCUAUUCGGUCAUCGUGCCACGUCACGGAUCCAUUCUCCACGUGGCACAUGUACCGAUUUCUCAGCUUUGGACCGAUUAGACAGAGGAGGAGGAGGAGGAGGAGGAGUAGAUUUGUGGGGAUGGCGGGGGCUGUGGAGGAGGACGUCGACCGCUGGAUGUUCCAUUGACCGGUCGUUCCCAGGUCUGAGGGGAUCGGUCGGUGGCAGCAACUGUUGCAAGGUCGGGACGGAGAGAGGGGUGUGGCCCUCCCGGCAUCACCAUUCUCUGCCCCGCCACGUGUCCAAUUUCAGACUCCAGAAUCGGGACAGCAUAGACCAGGAGGAGGAGGCAAAGGAGGCUGAAGAGGAUAUGGAGGAGGAGGAGGAGGGUGGGUUCCGUGUUCAGCAAGGCGGGGUACAAGCUGCCGGAAGCAGAACGGAGAUGGGAGAUGUAGAGAAGAGAGAGGGGGAGGAGCGUAGGUCUCCUCUUCGCCCCGACCGAGGGCGAUUGCAAUCCCGACGAAGAAAGGACCUGGAAGAGAGAAGGAAGGAGGUGGAGGAGAGGAGGAGGAAGAAGGAGGAGGAGGCAGAGCAGCAGGGGAGGCUUUUGUUUGUUCAGAAGAUGAAUCCCGUCACGGGUGUCGUUGAAUGGCAGACCGUUCAUUUGGAGGAUAAGAUAGAAGGUUGCUGGGAUCGGGAUGCAGACCCGACUCAGGUUAUCGCUAGAUCGUCCUACUUGGACAUGCUAAACGACAAAAAACGGAACGAGGAUUUCAAUCGAGCAAUCCAGAAGGCCGUGCGCAGUGGGGACCAUGUUCUAGACAUUGGCACAGGAACAGGACUGUUAGCGAUGAUGGCCUGCCGCGCAUUGCAGCAAUGUCGUCCCUCAAGAAAAGGAGAAAUUGCAGCACACGAAGCUCAGCGAGACACAGGUCGCGGCUCUGAUGUUGACACUGUAGGGGAUGGAAACGAUCUGGUGACGGCGUGCGAAUCGUUCCCGCCAAUGGCCACCUUGGCUUCUCGAGUUGUAUCAGCAAAUGGGAUGUCUAAUCAGAUACACAUCGUCUGCAAACGCUCAGAUGAACUGCAAGUCGGAUUGGGUCUGGACAUGCCCAGGAAAGCAGAUGUGCUGGUUUCUGAAAUUCUUGACUCCGAACUUCUUGGCGAAGGCCUGCUGCCGACUCUUCGCCAUGCGUGGGAACAUCUUCUGAGACCCGGAGCAAGGACUGUGCCAAGCAGGGCCAUCAUUUAUGCUCAGGUAGUAGAAAGCGAGGAUUUGUGGCGACUUCACGACCUGCGGGGAGUGGAAGACAUUCUUGCCGAUGGAGUCCGCAUAACAAAGCCGCGGGGAGAGAACGAAGGUCUUUGUGGGUGUGUUGUGACACUGGCAUUUGCCAUGCACAUCGAUGCACUUGGUGAUGCUAUCCGCCCUUUGGUAAGCAUAAGAGUGGUGGAUAUAAUGCUUGAAGAGUCUCAAGACUCUGAAGACACAUGAUGUCCUCCUUGGGAAAGCCGUCGUGUAAGAAGGAUGAUCCGCUCAACCUCGGCUGGAACAGCUCAUGCCGUUGUCUCAUGGUGGGUCCUCUUUUUGGACGAUGACGGUGACGUACGUUAUAGCACCGCAGCUCGGCGCUGGAUGAAGGAUGAGACAAAGUUGGAGGAUGAGCAUCGUUCGGAUUCACCAACGGAUGGCGACUCUACAUGGCGCGAUCACUGGAAGCAGUGUGUGCAUUUCUUGCCUGGAAGAGGACUGCCAGUUUCUGACGGAGGUACACUGGAGGUGUCUGCCGCUCAUGAUGAUCUUCAUGUCUGGUACUCUCUGAACCACAGUGAUGUACCAAGUGAUGUUAGGGACCAUGAGCUCGACCAUGAUGAGUCUGACAAUGUAUUGGACUGUGCUUCUGGCAAAGACGAAGAGGUGGUCGCGGCAACAACUGGAAGCACGGAGCGUAUGAUGCCAGUGGAGAAUCCAUGUACAUCUCCUGCUGAGUGUUCUUGUGGCAUUCACAUGCUGUUUAAACCUGAGAGAAUUGCAGUGAUGGGAGAUCCUCUUCGCCGCAAGACUGUGAGGAAUGCUUUAAAACAGAUCAAAAAGCGGCAGGUUGUUCGUCAUUGCGUUGUUGUGGACGGAAGCGUGUUCUUUUCUGCAGUGAAGGAGCUGCACGAUCCAGCAAUGCCCAUGACGAUGACAGUAUUGGCGAAUUCUCCUCUUGACAGUCGGGAUGGAGAUCGUUCAAAAGUUGUGAUGGAGAUGGCCAAUUAUAUGAAAAGCGAUGGCUUGAGAGUCAAACAGCUGGGGAAGAGAGCAGGAGAGGUGACGCAAGCCGAUUUUAAAAACCUCAAGGUUGAUCUUGUACUUGGUGAACCGUACUAUGCUGGAUGCGAAGGAGGACUGCUUUGGCUGCUACGGUUUUGGCAUGACAGGUCCGCAAUUGCCGCUCACUUAUCCGAUAAUGCAGCUACAUUACCCUGCAAGGCUGUUCUUCGAGGCGCUGCUGCCUACCUGCCGGAUCUGUGGAGAAGCCGGAUGAGUCUCUCCAGCGUAGAAGGCUUUGAUCUAUCGGCAGCGAACCAUUUACUGGGAGCUUGCAGCUUGUCGCCAGAGCCACCAGAAGGCGCAGAGAGCACCUGUAUGAUUCCAGAUAGCCCUUUGCUAUCGUAUUCGGUCUGGCAAUGUGGAUCGGGACUCCAGCACCACAUGUCCAAGCGGCCCACCCGUCAUUGGUGCACUAGACGUGGUGCAUGACACUGCAUGUGAACAAAAACUCUAAAGGAAA